GGGCGCGCGCGGGAAAUGGAGCUGCGAGGGGGGCCCGAUCCCAUCAGGAGAAGGAAAAAGCGCAAAAAGGACAAAAAACCGAAACCACCCCCAAGGACCCCCACCCCCCCCGGACAGGUGCCCCCCGCCCCUCCCCCGGCGCUGCCCGAGGCGCUGCUGGGCUCGGACGAGGGCGAGCAGGAAGACCCCCGCGAUUACUGCAAAGGGGGGUAUUACCCGGUUCGCAUCGGGGACCUUUUCCACGGGCGCUACCACGUGGUUCGCAAGCUGGGCUGGGGACAUUUCUCCACCGUGUGGCUCUGCUGGGACCUCCGGAGGAAACGUUUCGUGGCGUUGAAGGUGGUGAAAAGCGCCCCCCAAUACACCGAGACAGCCCUGGAUGAGAUCAAACUGCUGAAAUGCGUGAGGGAUUCAGACCCCAGCGACCCCAAGAGGGAGAACAUCGUGCAGCUCAUCGACGAUUUCAGGAUUUCGGGGGUCAACGGCGUCCAUGUUUGCAUGGUGCUGGAGGUGCUGGGGCACCAACUGCUGCGCUGGAUCAUCAAAUCCAACUACCAGGGGCUGCCCCUGCCCUGCGUCAAGAGCAUCGUCAGGCAGGUGCUGGAGGGCCUGGAUUACCUGCACACCAAGUGCAAGAUCAUCCACACCGACAUCAAGCCCGAGAACGUCCUGCUCUGCGUCCAGGAGCCCUUCCUGAGGCACCUGGCGGCCGAGGCAGCGCGCUGGGCACGGGGAGACGGCCCCCCCCGCAGCGCAGUGAGCUCAGCACCUCAGGAGGAACCUGAGCGCCUCUCCCGGGCCCAGCGGCGCCGGCGCCGGCGGCGACAGCAGCGCCAGCGGCUGCUCCUGAGCCAGAGACUGCGGGACCUGGAGCAGCUCGGGGACAGCGAGGGGACACCGGGGACAGCGAGGGGACAGCGAGGGGACACCCCGGGGACAGCCAGUGACCUCGGUUUUGCGGGGGGCUCCUGCGCCUCCAGGGGGGGCUCGGGACCCCCCCGGCGCCCCCCCAGCCCCAGCUCGGCCUCUGACUCCCUGUUCACCCCCACCUCCAGCUCCCUCAUUUCGGGGGGCUCCGAGGGGCUCCCCAACAGCCUCGGGGAGGGGGCGCUCCCGGGGGGGCAGGAGAACCCCCUGGACCCCCGAGCUGCCCCACGGCUGCGGAUCAAGAUCGCCGACCUGGGCAACGGCUGCUGGGUGCACAAACACUUCACCGAGGACAUCCAGACCCGUCAGUACCGGGCCCUGGAGGUGCUGCUGGGGGCGGGGUACGGCCCCCCCGCCGACAUCUGGAGCACGGCCUGCAUGGCGUUCGAGCUGGCCACGGGCGAUUACCUGUUCGAGCCUCACUCGGGGGAGGAGUACAGCCGUGACGAGGACCACAUUGCCCACGUGAUCGAGCUGCUGGGGGAGAUCCCCCGGCACGUGGCGCUGGGCGGCCGCUACUCCCGGGAAUUCUUCAACCGGAAAGGUGAGCUGCGGCACAUCCGGCACCUGCGGCCCUGGGGGCUGCGGGCGGUGCUGCAGGAGAAAUACGAGUGGCCGCGGGGGCCGGCGGCCGCCUUCGCCCGAUUCCUGCGGCCGAUGCUGGCCUUCGAGCCCGGCCGCAGGGCCACGGCCCAGCAGUGCCUGCAGCACCCCUGGCUCCGCCCCUGACACGCCCACGGACACGCCCGCUGCCGCGAUAAACCACGGCCACGGCGUCCGUUGGGCUCCUGGAAGGGUUUUUGGGGUUCUCUGGGGGUUUUUUGGGGUUCUGCGCAAGGUUUGGGGUGGUCGAAACGGCCGCGGCCUGGCAGUGGCUGCAGCACCCCUGGCUCCGCCCCCCUGACACGCCCCUAGACACACCCAGAGCCACGCCCAGUGCCGCGGUAAAGCACGGCCUCGACGCAGCGCUCUGGGGGGGUUUAUCGGGGUCCUGGAAUGAUUUUUGGGGCUCUCUGGGGGUUUUUUGGGGUCCUGGAGGGUUUUUUGGGGUGGUCCAAACGGCCGUGGCCCGGCAGUGCCUGCAGCACCCCUGGCUCCACCCCUAACCCCGCCCACCACCGCAAUAAACCACG